AUGUUGGAAUUGAGAGAGGGAGAAGGGUGCUAUGCAGAGAUGGUGAUGGGAGUGAAUGUUGGGCUAGCUUGCGUUGAUGGCUUAAUUGCAUUUCUUGCUUUUUAUCAGCUGAUCAGAAUUCAUUCAAGAAAUUCGCAGCUUGGGUGGACCCGUCAAAAGGUCUUUCAUCUGAUGAUUGGAUCCUCUAAUUUCGGUUACUUCCUUUAUUUUGUGUUAACUCCUGUUGCCGCUUGUAAAGGAUGGAUUUGCUGGUCAUAUUCAUGUGGUUUCAUCGUUAUGGCUUUCCCGAAAAUUCUGUUCGUUGCAGCAUUUCUUCUACUCCUGUCAUUUUGGGUUGACCUUUGUCAUCAGCCAAGUGAUGAUGAAGAAGAUGAAGGAUGCAGCGCAAACGAAGCACUUUUAGAGAAGAUUAAUAAAAAUUCUUCUAACUCUAAUGGUCGGCGAAGGUGUUGCUCAUUUAAGUUGCAUAGGAUAGGAAGUCGGCAAAAAAUCGUGAUUCUGGUCACCAUUUUAAUUUUUGCAAUAAUGAUAGCAUCCUCUGUGUUGAUAUGGAUUGGCAUGGAAAAGGGUCCUAUCAGUUCAGCAAUCAUUGCUCAGGCAUGUAUUCGUGACUUUUUUUUUUCUUUUUCUUUUUCUCCUAGCUCUACAGUGAAGAUUAAAUGCGUUCGACUUACGCUGUUCUUGAAAAUGAGAAAAGUGAGAGCCGAUCGAGCUUCCUGGGAAAGGUGGAAGGUUGCUGGUUUGGCCAUUGUAUGUGUCAUAAGCUUCACAUCAAGUGCUUCUACUGCAAUCGGCACAAAUAUACCUCUACUUCAUAGCUGGCGUGAAAAACGGAUUGAUGGUGUCUACACAUCCCUUUUGCUGUUUUUGUAUUAUUUCGUAGGUUUGUCAGUGCCCUCAGCCUUCAUUUUACUUGUGAUGAGAGAAUUACCGGCUCGUGUCUCGAUUAAUCGGCCACAAGAAUCAGAAACAACCAUAACGUUCAUACCCGAUGGUUCGGGCUCAGCUCAUUAUCAUCCACCACGUUGGACGGCUGUAGCUAGUGUUCAGAAUCAGGUGUCAAGAGCAAGCCCCAUAUGA